ACUUUGACGUUUGUAGUUUGUUUUUAAUUAUUAAAGUGGACGUUAAUUUGCCGCAAUGGCGGCGGUGACUUCAUCCGCAGCUUCAGCCGCAGCGGGUCUGCAGGUGAACGCAGCCGGGAGCCCGACAGACGUCGCCAUGAUGUAUCUACAGGACGAGACGACCGACGGCGACAUGGGGAACCUGAGCCUCGAAGAACUGGAUCUCACCACGGACGAGUACAUCCUGGACGAAGUCGACAUUCACAUCCAAGCCAAUCUGGAGGACGACCUGGUGAAGGAGGCGCUGAAGACGGGCGUCGACCUGCGGCAGUAUUCCAAACAGGUGGAGGCGGAGCUUCAGCGGAUCGAACAGGCGUCGAUCAAAGACUACAUCAAGGAGAGUCAGAACAUCGCUCUGCUGCACAACCAGAUCACUGCCUGCGACUCCAUCCUGGAGCGGAUGGAGGGAAUGCUGAGCGGCUUCCAGAGUGACCUGUCGUCCAUCAGCAGCGAAAUCCAGACGCUGCAGCAGCAGUCGGUCAGCAUGAACGUGCGUCUGAAGAACCGUCAGGCCGUACGCAGCCACCUCAGCCAGCUGGUGGACGAGCUGGUGGUGCCCGGUGCCAUGAUCUCCACCAUCCUGGAGAGUCCGGUGACAGAGCAGGAGUUCCUGGAGCAGCUUCACGAGCUCAACAACAAGAUCAACUUCGCCAAAGAGCUGAGCUUCAGAGAGACACUGGCCUGCUCCGACAUCCAGGACAUCGUGGACCGCCUCAAGCUCAAGGCAGUGUCGAAGAUCAGAGAGUUCAUCCUUCAGAAGAUCUACUCCUUCAGGAAGCCCAUGACCAACUACCAGAUCCCACAGAACACGCUGCUGAAGUACAGAUUCUUCUACCAGUUCCUCCUGGCCAACGAGAGGACGGUUGCCAAGGAGAUCCGAGACGAGUACGUGGACACGAUGAGCAAAAUCUACUACAGUUACUUCAAGUCGUACAGCGGCCGUCUGCUCAAAGUCCAGUACGAGGAGGUGGCCGACAAGGACGACCUGAUGGGGGUCGAGGACACGGCAAAGAAAGGUUUCUUCUCCAAACCGUCGCUGAAGAGCCGGAACACGAUCUUCACUCUGGGCCAGAGGGGGGCGAUACUGAGCCCCGCAGAGCUGGAGGGGCCCAUCCUGGUCCCACACACGGCUCAGAGGGGGGACAGUCGGUAUCCGUACGAGAUGCUGUUCCGCAGUCAGCACUACGCGCUGCUGGACAACGGCUGCAGAGAGUUCCUCUUCCUGUCCGACUUCUUCAUGGUGGCGGGGAACUCGGCCCUCGACCUUUUCAACUGCAUCAUGGGAAAAACCCUCAGCAUGUUCCUGAAGAGCAUGUCCACGUAUGUGUCCGACUGCUACGACAGCAUUGCCGUCUUCCUGUGCAUCCACAUCAUCCUCAGGUUCAGGGCCGUCACCGCCAAGAGGAACGUCCCCGCCCUCGACAAGUACUGGGAGACGGUGCUGGAGCUGCUGUGGCCGAGGUUCGAGCUGAUUCUGGAGAUGAACAUCCACAGCAUCAGAAACACCGACCCCCAGAAACUGGGAGUCCUGGACACUAGACCACACUACAUCACCCGUCGUUACGCAGAGUUCUCGUCGGCCAUCGUCAGCAUCAAUCAGACGUUUCCCAACGAGAGGACUCACACUCUGCUGGGACAGCUGCAGGUGGAGGUGGAGAACUUUGUGCUGAAGAUGGCGGCGGAGUUUCCCUCCAGAAGAGACCAACUCAUCUUCCUCAUCAACAACUACGACAUGCUGCUCGGUGUCCUCAUGGAGAGGGCGGCAGACGACAGCAAGGAGGUGGAAGGUUUCCAGCAGCUGCUUCUGGCCAGGACGCAGGAAUUCAUCGAGGAGAUUCUGUCCUCACCCUUCGGAGGGAUGGUCGCCUUUGUGAAGGAGGCCGAGGUGCUGAUAGAGAAAGGGCAACUGGACCGACUGAAGAAUGAAGAAGUGCAGGAGGCGGAGUCAGAGUCUUACCUGGGUCUCUGUCUCCUCUCAGCCCGGAUCACUCAGCUUGUUCGCGGGUUUUCCAGCACGUGGAAACAGUCGGUGGAGUCGAUGAGUCAGGACGUCAUGAGGUCGUUCACCAACUUCAAAAACGGAACCAGCAUCAUACAGGGCGCUCUGACCCAGCUGAUCCAGUACUACCACGGCUUCCACAAGGUUCUGAACCAGCCCACCUUCCGCAGCCUGGCGGUCCGGUCGGAGCUCAUCAACCUGCACCACCUCAUGGUCGAGGUCAAGAAGCACAAACCAAACUUCUGACGCGCCGGGCGGUAAAACAUCUGGAUUCCCUCCAGACUCCGCCCACACACCAACACUAACUCCUCACUGUUGCUAUGGUCACGCCGCCCGUCAUCAACACGACGGUCCACGUGUCAGUUAGAAAACUCUGGGUCGUGUUUUAGUUUUUAAGCGGUGACAUCAUCACGUUAUGUUCUCUGAUUGGUUCACAUCAGUCACGAGCGUCGCUGAUACUUCCUGUCAGGAACAGUUCCACUUUGUCGUCGUCCCCGCUCUGACUUUUCACCAUUGCUGCUCCUCCUUCAGAGGAGACAUUCUACUUCCUGUUUACACCUGAGUGGUCAUGUGACGUGUGUGUUAGUGUGGGCGGAGCCUGUACAUUUAAUCUCGUCCAUUUUCUGACUGAACAACGAGGAGGAGAAGAUCUCGCUGGACGUAAAGAACAAGAACCUGCUGACUGUCGUCGUUCUGUCUGAAAAUCACCCACAUGAUCAAAAUGUCGCAGCAUGAGAACGAAACCGAAAUCACGGAGACAAUUAAAGAAUUCGAGAAAAAAGUCGAGACCAAAAGUCUUAAAUCCACAUAGUAACUUGAUCAUUUCACCAGUUUGAAUAAUCAAAAACAGAAUGAAAGAAAGACGAGAGACAGAGAGAGAGAACCUCGAGUGUCAGUUUUGUUCUGUACAUUUUUUUGCCCCACGUUUCCAUAUCAAGAAUAAAAUUGUUGAAAUUUCAA